CAGUAGUAAAAAAAAAAAUCUGGUUGCCAUGAAUAUCAGCUAGCUAGCCACCAACAACUGUCAGUACACUUGAGUAAAACCAUCCAUGUCAAGACACAAGAAGGAUUUUCUUAGUCUUGUGCCGCUUCUGUGUACAUAUAGGAGCACAGCAGCCUGCCUGACAACCUACUGUCAAUCGAUCCUGGUGGAACAGUGACUAGAAGACCUUGGCACCGUUGUGUGCCAGUUCAUUUCAAUACCCAGGGAUUUCUGAAUCCAGACGAUGAACGGUCUGUCCAUACGAGAGCUAUGCUGUCUGUUCUGCUGCCCUCCUUGCCCCAGCCGCAUUGCAGCCAAACUAGCUUUCCUUCCUCCAGAGCCCACCUACGCCCUUCUCCCUGACCCAGAUCCAAGCUCUGGAGCUGGAACUGCUCCUGGGUCCAGUUCCGGGGCCGCUCAGCCUUCUCUUGGAGCCCCAGGACUGCGUUCCCGGCUGGGAGGGAUUGCUGGAGGAGGGGUUGCUGGAGGAGGGGGUGCUGGAGGAGGAGGGGCUGCUGGAGGAGGAGGAGGAGGUAGCAGCGGUUGGAGUGAGGGCAAGUGGAAGCUUCAUCUCACAGAGAGAGCGGAGUUCCAGUAUUCACAAAGAGAGCUGGAUGUGACUGAUGUAUUCCUGACCAGAUCUAGCCGAGGGAACAGGGUGGGGUGCAUGUACAUUCGCUGUGCCCCCAAUGCCAGGUUUACAGUGUUGUUUUCCCAUGGCAAUGCAGUAGACCUGGGUCAGAUGAGCAGCUUCUACAUUGGUUUAGGCACACGCAUCAACUGCAACAUCUUUUCUUACGAUUACUCAGGCUACGGUGUUAGCACCGGCAAGCCCUCUGAGAAGAACCUAUAUGCUGACAUCGAUGCUGCCUGGCACGCCCUGCGCUCCCGGUAUGGCAUCAGCCCUGAGAAUAUCAUCCUGUACGGACAAAGCAUCGGCACGGUGCCCACAGUCGACUUGGCGUCCCGGUUUGAGUGUGCUGCUGUGGUCCUCCACUCUCCUCUCACCUCUGGCAUGAGAGUGGCUUUCCCCGACACCAAGAAAACAUACUGCUUUGAUGCCUUCCCUAACAUAGAGAAAGUGUCAAAGAUCCCGUCUCCAGUGCUCAUCAUCCACGGUACAGAGGACGAGGUGAUCGACUUCUCUCACGGCCUCGCCCUGUUUGAGCGCUGUCCCAAGGCCGUGGAGCCCCUCUGGGUGGAGGGAGCCGGUCACAACGACAUUGAGCUUUACAGUCAGUAUCUGGAGAGGCUACGGCGCUUCAUCAACCAGGACCUGGCUGCACAGCAUGCCUGAGAAACAAACAGCAGACUCUCUGCGUUUGUAUGACUGAGACUGUGCGUAUGCAUGUGUGUGUGUGUGUGUGUGUGUGAGAGAGAGACCGAGUGAGAACGUCAGCAUGUUUGCAAAGUAUGUGUGAGAAAUUGACCUAAAACGAUGUGUGAUAUUUUAUCACACCUGUGUGUCUUUGAAGCAGCACACCUUUUUAUGUUACUUUUCCACACAACAUAUGUUCAAAUCAUUUCCUGUUCGAAGAGUGAGAGCGAGUUUUAAUAUAUCAGUAGCUGUGUGGUGAAACGCUAAAAACAAGAACCGAGAUUAAACGACUUCACAAAUCAUGUUUUAUACGUGGGGACAUUUAUGAAUUGCAGCUUUGAAAUGCGUCACUAACAUGAAUUAAGAAGUAACAAUAAUGUGCUUUGUGCAGAAAGGCACACAGAUGUAAUUUUUAAGUAUGACUGAAUCAGUGAAUGUUUGAGUCAUGGAUGUGAGCGUCAUAUCUCCAUGGACAUGCAUGCACAUUGUUUGUGUGCGUGUGUGUGAGAGUGUGUGUGUGUGAGGCAGUGCUAAAAGAAAUGAAGGACAUCCUGAUGACUUGGACAGCUGCAGGUGGAGGAGGCUUAUUGAGACUUAUCAAUAUUGAUGUAUGUAUGAAGAAUACCUCCACAGCUUGACCAGUUCUCUCUCCAGUGGACAAACACGGGUCAAGCAUGUGCCCCCCCCAUCCCCACUUCCUGUUUACCUUUUAAUGGACAGCCAUUUGACUGCCAGGGCAUUUCCCAAGUUGUUGUCCAGCUAACACUAACCUAUUUUAUUUGUGUGGUUUGGGGGUCCAUCUCCUUCCUUUUGGUGUCAGUUAUGGUGAUACACAAGGACUAGUCUGGAAUACUUUCCAUACAAGUCAUAGCUCGUAUGGCUGUUCAGUGUCUCACUUUCCUCUCCCUCAUUUUUUGACUCUGAAAAGAUCACAGAAUGGUCAGCUUCCACUUUAUUUGCUGGCUGGGCUGUAGCUUUUGCCUUUACCUGUCCACAGAAUUGCAGCAGCAACACACAGGGAAUUAUUUGAUUUCCCUGUAUUGCUUUUCCCCCAUCAGGUCCUACAUAUUUGUGAUAAAGAAUGAUGGUGUGGUUGAAAUGGAAACAGGUCUUUGAGAGCCACAUUGAGAAUAUCUCUGUUUUUCGUGGACAUUUCUUUGGCAUUAAUACAACAGCUAUAGAAGUGCAGCUUUUACUUAUUCAUUUUAAUGUCACUUUAGAUCGGUUGGCUCUAAACAGAAGGCUGUAGCCCUUCAGUAUUUACUAAUGUGUGACAUUUAAAGGUUGGGCAGACAGCGCUGACUUGCUAACGGCAGGAUUAGGUCAGAUAUUAAGGAAUAUUUGCUUUGUUAUGGACAUUUGUGGUUUAGAUGAGAAGAUUUAUACCACUCAGGUGACUGUGCCCAGACAACAAAGUUGAUGAACAAAAUGCAACAUGCUUAUUUGUGGAGGUGCUUGCAGGUGGAUUUUGUUACGUUUAUUCAGAGCUAGUCGUCGCCAUAUUUAGCCCACAGACAUGAUGGUGGCAUCAUUCUUCUCGUCUAAUGCUCGGCAAGAAAGCAAAUGGGCGUAUUCCCUAAAUGGUUGAACUCUUCUAUUUAGUCUGUCGUGCAGCUGUUGAGGUCUGAAUAAAUUGUAGUCUCCUCUGGUGAACGAACCCUUUUGGAGAUUGAUGUUCUGGCUGGACAAAAAAGUAGCUUCUGAGCUCACCAAACUAAUGAGGAGUAUGCCCGUUUUACUCUGUUACUUUAAUCUCGCUUCACCAGAAUCUCUUUUGUGUAAUGUUGGUUAACUGGUAGUCUUACAGCACAGUUUGGUUUUCCAAUUCUUGCUCCAGUAGCUCUCAUCACCAGGGUUAGUCAGCCUCCUGCUCAUAAUGCACAUUUGUUUCUAACGUUUCUGUCUUGAUGUAAUUAAUCCGAACGUGUUUGAUGUAGUGUGGGGCCAUGGAUUGUUUGUUUCAGAACCAUGCGUGUUGAUGUUAGGACUAACAAUGUGAUUGAGAUCAGGUGCCAGGACAGGACAUCAUGCCUACUAAUAGCUCUGUUCAACCUCUGUGGCCCUAAAUGUACAGGAGCUCUCUUAUGGGUGGCAGCACGCUUCAUGUCUGACACGAGCCAUAAUUUGAGCCUCUCACUGUUAGUGUGGUGCAGGUUCCACCACACACACACCUUUGCACAUCAUCACACACGUACACACACAUUCAAACACACUUACACACAUACACACACAUAAUCCAUGUACUGUAGUAUACAGUAUAUUUACACAUCUAUAUAUAUCAGAUCAAGCAUGACAAAAGCAGGUCUUAAGUUCAGCACUAUUGUACAAAGCAUCCAAAGUGUAAUAAGGAUAUAAAAUGUAAGUUUGUGUGUCUUCAUUAUUAUUGACUGUCUUCUACAGGCCAGCAUUAAGGAUACUAAUAUCAUGUUUGAAUAUGUAGUAAAAGGCCCUGUGUGUAGACCUGGAAAAAGUACAAGAACUGGUCUUAAUGGUCGCAUGCUAGCGCCACACUUUCCCAUCUACACAAGGUGUCUGCUGCAGAGGAGACUCAUCAGUUUCAGUGGUAGUAGCUGCGUUUUUUUAAGGGAACAUGUACUGAACUAGCACUGAUCUGAUUACUCCAUUGUGGGAGUACAAGUGGGUCUUGGUGAACGCCACUCGCUUCCUGUCAUCACUUCGAACAGGGAAUCUUUCCAUUCUCAUCCUGUGCUUUGUGUCCCCGAUAUUUAAAUAAUGGAAAUCUGUUACCAUCUUGGACCAGGGAUCUGAGCUGUCAGAAGAAUUAGAGAGAGUUAUCGCCUCACUCUGAAAGUAGAAGUAGGCCUCAGUUUUUUUUUCUUCCUGGACCAGUCGUGUUAUCAGGGAAACCACUGGAUCCACCUUUCAUUCAUGGGGUUCAAGAAACGGGGUGGAGACUUGCCGUUUUAUUGAUGCACCACUAUUAUAUAUUGUAUCUUCUGGCCCUGAAUGUGUAUUGAUGGGGUGGGGGGGGUUGAACAGUGAAAACUGUAUGCAUGUCUAUUGUGUUUUGCAGAGCAAGUGACGGGGUGGGACGUUAUCUCUAUUAUGUAUUCUAUGUGAGGGUAAAGCUGAACUCAUGGCAUUGGAACAUUGAAGCGCUUUUU